AGCUCGAAGCAGCUAUAAGGCGAGCAGGCAGACAUGGACGAGCGGCCGAGACUAAACGAAAUAUUUUAGGAACAUAUAAACUGGCAUAUUUGAAGAUUUGAAAUUUUAUUUUCAGUUGUGCUUUGACCGUGCGUGGUACAAGAGGUAUACAUACAUAGAAAGCUUAAGGGAAAUAAAUUAACACAGAGAAAAUGGCCGAUAAGGAAGAUUCGAAAUUUGGAUUUAAAAAUAAGGAAAAGGCCGAAGAAACCUUGGUCCUGCUGGAGAGUCACGAUAUGCAAUAUCGUAAAUUGACCGUGCGCGGUCUUUUGGGUCGAGCUAAACGGGUACUCUCAAUGACCAAAGCCGAAGAUAAAGUUAAAAAUAUCAAUGAUGCUAUUGAAGUAUUUGAGAAGUGGUUGUCGGAGAACGGGGGCGAUGCUGCCAACAAAAAUGCCAAAACAGCCGGUGAUGAUAAAGUUGAGACUGUACCUGGUCUAGGAUUUAAGGAUAAGGAGGCUGCUGAGAAGACCCUCAAGAUUUUGGAAGACCGUGAUCCUGAAUAUCAAAAAUUAGCCAUUAAGGGUCUUAUAGGCAGCUCCAAACGUGUUCUCUCUGGUACUAAAAAUGAAGAGAAAAUCCAAUCGAUCAAAGAUGGUGUUAAAAUUCUGGAAGAUUUUCUUGAAAAAUUCGAAACUGAAAACCUCAUCAAAAAUAAUCGUGCCUACUUUGUUUAUGACGUCAUUGCCAAACUACCGCAACCUGAAGAUAAGUUGCAAGCAGAAUUUUUAAAGGCCUACGGUGGUCCCAAAGCCAAGGGCAACUAUAAACAUUUGCGCACCAUGUAUCCCGAAGAAGACGAUUCCACUUCGUGGGAUAUCAUACGCAACAGAAAUAUUGCAAAAAUUCUGGCCAAAAUUAAAGAGGACAAUGCCAAAUUGUUCGAUGACACAGGCAAGCCAAGUGACCUUCACAUGCAGCUUAUACAUUGGGCUUAUAGUCCUCAACCGGACAAGGUCAAAAGUUACGCUGCCACAUUGAAGACAGAUUGCAAGAAGGCCCAGAAACGUAAGUGUGAAGAGGAAUCCGCAAGCGGCAGUAGCAGUGCCAGCAGUAGUGAAGAUGAGAAUGAUGAUGAAGAUCGCGAUGGUGAUGCUGAUGAAAACAUGAAGGAAGACAAGGAGGAAAAUGGUGAAUCUCCGGCCAAAAAGGCGAAAACGUCAUGAAUCUGUUCAGACUGCUCCAACUCUAGGUCAUUUUUAUAAUAUAUAUAGUACUUAUACAUACGCACUCAUAAACCUUUGUGAAAUAGUUUUAAGUAAUUUACUACAUAUCUCUAUUUUAAUAUAAACCUCAAAAGUGUACGUCUGUUUCUAUAGAA